UUGUCGUUGGAUGAAGAAUUAUCUUAUCGUCUUCGGGGCCGAACUAUCCGCGAGGCGCGAACACUCGCAGUCAUCAGUUCAUCCUGACUGAAAUUUUCUUUGAUGGAUUCAAGCUUCCUGCAAUUAUCUCGUCCACUAUCAGUCAAAUCCACAUUUCUCAACGCGAUUCGAAAGACUAGUUCCAUUUAUUCGAUCCCCGUCGGAAGAAAUUUUCAGUUCCAAAGGCAUUUCAAGCUGGAGAGCAGUAAAAACGGCGGCAGAAAAACCCAACGCGAUAGCGCUUUCGACGAAGCUGCAUUCGAGGCCGAGAGGUCUCGCCUCGACGCCCUAGCUAUGAAAUCCAUGGCGGAAGCUUCAGUUAGGGACACUGAAGGCGCUUUGGACGACGAUCCGAAAGCUUGGAAGUGGGUGAUCCGGAAACGGAUCUGGGAUUUUAUGGAAUCUCAAAAUAUUGCUGCUAAUCCCCGACCUGUUCAUCAUCGAAUCCCUAAUUUUGUCGGCGCCAUGGAAGCUGCUAACAGAUUGUGCGAUUUGGAAGUAUUCAGGGAUUCGCAGUGCGUGAAGGUUAAUCCGGAUUCACCUCAGAAGGGUGUGAGGCUUCUUACACUUAUGGGUGGCAAAAAACUAUUAACACCUCAGCCUCGGUUGAGAACAGGUUUUUUCUCCAUAGUCGAAUCCGGAAUGCUGACUUCUGCUACCAUCAAGGAGGCCUGCACUUCUGUUGGGGUAGCAAAGUAUGGAAAGCCAAUUGGACUUGAUGAAAAGAUCAAAGUUGAUCUGAUCGUCAUUGGCUCUGUUGCUGUUGAUCCCAGAACAGGUGCUCGCCUUGGCAAGGUGCAGGGAUUUGCAGAACUGGAAUAUGGAAUGCUUCGGUACAUGGGCGCCAUUGAUGACUCGACUCCAAUUGUUACUUCUGUGCAUGAUUGCCAAUUGGUUGAUGAUAUUCCAGUUGAGAAGCUAUUAGUCCACGACGUGCCCGUAGACAUCGUAUGCACACCAACGCAGGUCAUUUUAACCAACACGAAAAUCCCUAAACCCCAAGGCAUUUACUGGGAUAUGUUGUCUCCUGAGAAGCUGAGCCAAGUUCGAAUACUCAGGGAGCUCAAACGUCGGAUCGAACGGGAGACCGGAAAACCGCUGCCGUGUGGCCCAUCGGAGAAAUUACCACCAACAGCUCAACGAAGCUCGAAACCUGGACGACGUGCUUCCUCUAAGAACUGAUCAAGGGGAAAUGGAGAGAAGAAGAAACAAGCCUGCAUUAGUUUUUUUCUUUUCUCGUCUUUCUUCCUUAGUUUUGGUGUUGAAUAAAAACUCUCCUCCAAGGAAGAUUUGAAAGCAACAAAGAAAUGAAAUAUAAAUAUAUACUUUAAGGA